AACAAUGGUGAUUCCGAUCAAUCUCCACCACCUCCUCCGCCUCCUGUAGUGCCUUAUGGAACAUUCCAGGGUGUUCCUUCUUCAUCCCCUGCAAUGGGUUUCCCUCAGCCUGCCCCACCUCCUGGUUCCAUGGAUCCUCCUCCUGACUACUACACUCGUGGCUAUCAAGCCGUUCCAGGUUAUGUGGUUGCUGAAGGAAGACCAUUGAAUGCGCAUCGCCUUCCUUGCUGUGGCAUCGGUUGUGGCUGGUUCUUGUUCAUAAUUGGGCUCUUCCUGGGUGGUAUCCCUUGGUAUGUUGGGGCAAUUUAUCUUAUUUGUUGCCGAAAUGUGGAUCAUAGAGAGAAGCCAGGAUAUGUUGCCUGCACAAUUGCUGCUGUUUGUGCUGUUAUAGCCACUAUUUUUGGUGUGUCGAAACUAAAUGACUGAACAUAUCCUUGUGGCAUUUCAAUUCUCUGAAAGAA